AUUCUCCCGCUUUCCAUCACCCUGCCCGAUUCUCCCGCUUUCCAUCACCCCGCCCCAUUCUCCCGCUUUCCAUCACCCCGCCCCAUUCUCCCGCUUUCCAUCACCCCGCCCCAUUCUCCCGCUUUCCAUCACCCCGCCCCAUUCUCCCGCUUUCCAUCACCCCGGCCCAUUCUCCCGCUUUCCAUCACCCCGCCCAUUCUCCCCCUUUCCAUCACCCUGCCCCAUUCUCCCGCUUUCCAUCACCCCACCCCUUUUUCCCGCUUUCCAUCACGCGCCCCAUUUUCCCGAUUUCCAUCACACCGCCCCAUUCUCCCGCUCUCCAUCACCCCGCCCCAUUCUCCCGCUUUCCAUCACCCCGCCCCACUCUCCCGCUUUCUAUCACCCCGCCCCAUUCUCCCGCUUUCCAUCACCCCACCCCAUUCUCCCGCUUUCCAUCACCCCGCCCCAUUCUCCCGCUUUCCAUCAUCCCGCCCCAUUCUCCCUCCUUCCAUCACCACACCCCAUUCUCCCGCUUUCCAUCACCCCGCCUAAUUCUCCCGCUUUCCAUCACCCCGCCCCAUUCUCCCGCUUUCCAUCACCCCGCCUCAUUCUCCCGCUUUCCAUCACCCCGCCCCAUUCUCCCUCUUUCCAUCACCCCGCCCGAUUCGCCCGCUUUCCAUCACCCCGCCCGAUUCUCCCGCUUUCCAUCACCCCGCCCGAUUCUCCCGCUUUCCAUCACCCCGCCCCAUUCUCCCGCUUUCCAUCACCCCGCCUCAUUUUCCCGCUUUCCAUCACCCCGCCCCAUUCUCCCUCUUUCCAUCACCCCGCCCGAUUCGCCCGCUUUCCAUCACCCCGCCCGAUUCUCCCGCUUUCCAUCACCCCAGCCCAUUCUCCCGCUUUCCAUCACCCCGCCCCAUUCUCCUGCUUUUCAUCACCCCGCCCCAUUCUCCCGCUUUCCAUCACCCCCGCCCCAUUCUUCCGCUUUCCAUCACCCCGCCCCAUUCUCCCGCUUUCCAUCACCCCGCCCCAUUCUCCCUCCUUCCAUCACCCCGCCCCAUUCUCCCUCCUUCCAUCACCCCGCCCCAUUCUCUAGCUUUCCAUCACCCCGCCCCAUUCUCCCGCUUUCCAUCACCCCGCCCCAUUCUCCCGCUUUCCAUCACCCCCGCCCCAUUCUCCCGCUUUCCAUCACCCCGCCCCAUUCUCUCGCUUUCCAUCACCCCGCCCCAUUCUCCCGCUUUCCAUCACCCCGCCCCAUUCUCCCGUUUUCCAUCACCCAGACCCAUUCUCCCGCUUUCCAUCACCCCGCCCCAUUCUCCCUCCUUCCAUCACCCCGCCCCAUUCUCCCUCCUUCCAUCACCCCGCCCCAUUCUCCCGCUUUCCAUCACCCGCCCCAUUCUCCCGCUUUCCAUCACCCCGCCCCAUUCUCCCGCUUUCCAUCACCCCGCCCCAUCCUCCCGCUUUCCAUCACCCCGCCCCAUUCUCCCGCUUUCCAUCACCCCGCCCCAUUCUCCCGCUUUCCAUCACCCCGCCCCAUUCUCCCGCUUUCCAUCAACCCGCCCCAUUCUCCCGCUUUCCAUCACCCCGCCCCAUUCUCCCGCUUUCCAUCACCCCGCCCCCUUUCCAUCACCCUGCCCCAUUCUCCCGCUUUCCAUCACCCCGCCCCAUUCUCCCGCUUUCCAUCACCCCGCCCCAUUCUCCCGCUUUCCAUCACCCCGCCCCAUUCUCUCGCUUUCCAUCACCCCGCCCCAUUCUCCCGCUUUCCAUCACCCCGCCCCAUUCUCCCGUUUUCCAUCACCCAGACCCAUUCUCCCGCUUUCCAUCACCCCGCCCCAUUCUCCCUCCUUCCAUCACCCCGCCCCAUUCUCCCUCCUUCCAUCACCCCGCCCCAUUCUCCCGCUUUCCAUCACCCGCCCCAUUCUCCCGCUUUCCAUCACCCCGCCCCAUUCUCCCGCUUUCCAUCACCCCGCCCCAUCCUCCCGCUUUCCAUCACCCCGCCCCAUUCUCCCGCUUUCCAUCACCCCGCCCCAUUCUCCCGCUUUCCAUCACCCCGCCCCAUUCUCCCGCUUUCCAUCAACCCGCCCCAUUCUCCCGCUUUCCAUCACCCCGCCCCAUUCUCCCGCUUUCCAUCACCCCGCCCCGUUCUCCCGCUUUCCAUCACCCCGCCCCAUUCUCCCGCUUUCCAUCAACCCGCCCCAUUCUCCCGCUUUCCAUCACCCCGCCCCAUUCUCCCGCUUUCCAUCACCCCGCCCCGUUCUCCCGAUUUCCAUCACCCCGCCCCAUUCUCCCGCUUCCAUCACCCCGCCCCAUUCUCCCGCUUCCAUCACCCCGCCCCAUUCUCCCGCUUUCCAUCACCCCGCCCCAUUCUCCUGCUUUCCAUCACCCCGCCCCAUUCUCCCGAUUUCCAUCACCCCGCGCCAUUCUCCCGCUUCCAUCACCCCGCCCCAUUCCCCCGCUUUCCAUCACCCCGCCCCAUUCUCCCGCUUUCCAUCACCCCGCCCCAUUCUCCCUCCUUCCAUCACCCCGCGCCAUUCUCCCUCCUUCCAUCACCCCAGCCCAUUCCCCCGCUUUCCAUCACCCCGCCCCAUUCUCCCGCUUUCCAUCACCCCGCCCCAUUUUCCCGCUUUCCAUCACCCCGCCCCAUUCUCCCGCUUUCCAUCACCCCGUCCCAUUCUUCCGCUUUCCAUCACCCCGCCCCAUUCUCCCUCCUUCCAUCACCCCGCCCCAUUCUCCCGCUUUCCAUCACCCCGCCCCAUUCUCCCGCUCUCCAUCACCCCGCCCCAUUCUCCCGCUUUCCAUCUCACCGCCCCAUUCUCCCGCUUUCCAUCACCCCGCCCCAUUCUCCCGCUUUCCAUCACCCCGCCCCAUUCUCCCGCUUUCCAUCACCCCGCCCCAUUCUCCCGCUUUCCAUCACCCCGCCUAAUUCUCCCGCUUUCCAUCACCCCACCCCAUUCUCCCGCUUUCCAUCACCCCGCCUAAUUCUCCCGCUUUCCAUCACCCCACCCCAUUCUCCCGCUUUCCAUCACGCGCCCAAUUUUCCCGCUUUCCAUCACACCGCCCCAUUCUCCCGCUUUCCAUCACCCCGCCCCAUUCUCCCGCUUUCCAUCACCCCGCCCUAUUCUCCUGCUUUCGAUCACCCGCCCCAUUUUCCCGCUUUCCUUCACCCCACCCCAUUCUCCCGCUUUCCAUCACCCCGCCUCAUUCUCCCGCUUUCCAUCACCCCGCCCCAUUCUCCCUCUUUCUAUCACCCCGCCAGAUUCUCCCGCUUUCCAUCACCCUGCCCGAUUCUCCCGCUUUCCAUCACCCCGCCCCAUUCUCCCGCUUUCCAUCACCCCGCCCCAUUCUCCCGCUUUCCAUCACCCCGCCCCAUUCUCCCGCUUUCCAUCACCCCGCCCCAUUCUCCCGCUUUCCAUCACCCCGGCCCAUUCUCCCGCUUUCCAUCACCCCGCCCAUUCUCCCACUUUCCAUCACCCUGCCCCAUUCUCCCGCUUUCCAUCACCCCACCCCUUUUUCCCGCUUUCCAUCACGCGCCCCAUUUUCCCGAUUUCCAUCACACCGCCCCAUUCUCCCGCUCUCCAUCACCCCGCCCCAUUCUCCCGCUUUCCAUCACCCCACCCCACUCUCCCGCUUUUUAUCACCCCGCCCCAUUCUCCCGCUUUCCAUCACCCCACCCCAUUCUCCCGCUUUCCAUCACCCCGCCCCAUUCUCCCGCUUUCCAUCAUCCCGCCCCAUUCUCCCUCCUUCCAUCACCACACCCCAUUCUCCCGCUUUCCAUCACCCCGCCUAAUUCUCCCGCUUUCCAUCACCCCGCCCCAUUCUCCCGCUUUCCAUCACCCCGCCUCAUUCUCCCGCUUUCCAUCACCCCGCCCCAUUCUCCCUCUUUCCAUUACCCCGCCCGAUUCGCCCGCUUUCCAUCACCCCGCCCGAUUCUCCCGCUUUCCAUCACCCCGCCCGAUUCUCCCGCUUUCCAUCACCCCGCCCCAUUCUCCCGCUUUCCAUCACCCCGCCUCAUUCUCCCGCUUUCCAUCACCCCGCCCCAUUCUCCCUCUUUCCAUCACCCCGCCCGAUUCGCCUGCUUUCCAUCACCCCUCCCGAUUCUCCCGCUUUCCAUCACCCCAGCCCAUUCUCCCGCUUUCCAUCACCCCGCCCCAUUCUCCUGCUUUCCAUCACCCCGCCCCAUUCUCCCGCUUUCCAUCACCCCGCCCAAUUCUCCCGCUUUCCAUUUUCCCGCCCCAUUCUCCCGCUUUCCAUCACCCCGCCCCAUUCUCCCGCUUUCCAUCACCCCGCCCCAUUCUCCCGCUUUCCAUCACCCCGCCCCAUUCUCCCGCCUUCCAUCACCCCGCCCCAUUCUCCCGCUUUCCGUCUCCCCGCCCCAUUCUCCCGCUUUCCAUCACCCCGCCCUAUUCUCCUGCUUUCCAUAA